AUGCCCAGCGCUCACACCGCAAGCCACCACCAACACCACCACCACCGUCGCUCGUAGACUCGUCGUAGCCGAGCCGAGUAGUACGUAAUAUUCUACCCCACCUGCCGUUGCACCACCGCUACCACGACUAGCAGCACCAGGGAGGGGGACUGGGUCACAGCGAAGAAGGGUUUGUCCUGUCGGCCUUCGCUGCCACCUCCUCUCCCCCCGCCACCGCGUCCACGGGCUCGCCUCCCCCCCGCCGCCGCCGCGCCGACUUCACGCCGUCGCCGGCGGCCUCUCUACCCACCUCGCCGGUGCGAGCUCGGCGUCGCCCGUGCGGGACCGCGAGGGCUCCCGGGCUCGUCAGCCCUGCCUGCAGGCCUACCGCCGCCGCCGCCGCCGGAUCGCUGGCACGGCCGUCCCGAUCCGCGAGGACACGAGCCGCCGUCCGCGGAUUCGCUACAAGUUCUUCAGCGGUACGGAAACCGUUCUGCUAACAAGUUCCAUCGCCGCCAAAAGAUACUGACAGCCCCCAUGGCAAAGCCCGGCAUUCUAGGCCGGAGCAGCAGCAUGCCAAGAUCAAAUGAAGGCAUGAGGCUCAUAUUCUCAGCAGUUAUCGGUAUUAUGCUAGGUUACUUGUUUGGGAUAUCCUUCCCCACAGUCAAUAUAACCAAGCUUCAUUUUCCUUCCAGUAUUGUUUCCUAUAUUGAAGAUAGAAACUCCGGAAUCACAACCCAAACAUUGUUGAACCAUGCAUGGACAUCUGCAAAUAGUCACAAGAAGAACAAUUCUGAUUCCAAGUCUGAUGAAAUUCCUAAGAUUUAUGUCACUUCAAACCCUAAAGGUGCUGAAAGGCUCCCACCAGGUAUUGUCGUAUCUGAAACAGACCUUUAUCCACGAAGAUUGUGGGGUGAACCUAGCGAGGAUCUUACUAUCCAGCCAAGGUAUCUUGUUACAUUUACAGUUGGAAUCGCGCAAAAGGCAAAUAUUGAUGCAGCAGUCAAAAAGUUCUCGGAGAACUUCACAAUUAUGUUGUUCCACUAUGAUGGUCGAACUACUGAAUGGGAUGAAUUUGAGUGGUCAAAAAGGGCUAUCCAUGUGAGCGUUAGCAAGCAAACUAAAUGGUGGUAUGCCAAGAGAUUUCUACAUCCUGAUGUCGUUGCCCGGUAUGACUACAUAUUUAUCUGGGAUGAGGAUCUAGGUGUUCAACAUUUCAACGCAGAGGAGUACAUCAAGCUUGUAAGGAAGCAUGGCCUGGAGAUCUCUCAACCUGGUUUGGAACCUGAUAGAGGUCUGACAUGGCAAAUGACUAAGCGGCGAGGUGAUCGAGAAGUUCACAAAGUAACUGAGGAGAGGCCAGGCUGGUGUUCGGAUCCCCAUCUGCCACCAUGUGCAGCAUUUGUAGAAAUCAUGGCAACUGUGUUCUCUAGGGAUGCAUGGCGCUGUGUAUGGCAUAUGAUUCAGAACGACUUGAUCCAUGGAUGGGGUCUUGAUUUUGCUCUUAGGAAAUGUGUGGAGCCGGCUCAUGAGAAAAUUGGAGUUGUUGACGCUCAGUGGAUUGUUCAUCAGGGUGUUCCAUCACUUGGUAACCAGGGCAAGUCGGAGAACGGAAGAGCACCAUGGGAAGGGGUAAGAGGACGGUGUAGAAAAGAAUGGGGGAUAUUCCAGGCAAGGCUGGCCGAUGCCGAGAAGAAGUAUUACUUGGAUCAAGGCAUCACGCCGCCGAAUUCGACUUCAGUCUAGAAGUAAUUACACGGCGCGCAGAAACCAUGUUAGGUUUCUGUUCAGGAAACCUGGCCCUUGCAUGCUCAGCAUUGUUGAUGAAUAGCAGCUGCCUACUAGUAUAGCUGAAGCUCCCGGGCCAGAUCUGUACAUGGGUUACCACCACUUACCACGACGACCAUCAAGAGCAUGUUGCAGAGUGAGGCGCAUGCUAAUAAUCAGACUUGUGUACUGCGUAGUAAAUUAUUGUACCGAUGACACUUAUGGUGGAUGCAGAGAAUAUCAGUUAGAAUUACAUCUUAUUUA